UAUUUGAGGAAAUAGACGAUAACUACAAAGCUUUCAAUCAUUGCAUGGAUGAUAUAAUUCUGAAAUUAUCAAAUGUGGAAACUAUGGUCGAUGCCAACGAAGCAAUGAGAUCGAUAAAGAGCGUUAAGGAUCUCUUUUGCGUUACUGAGGCUGAAUCCCCGGAACUGGCAUCCGAGAACGAUUAUUUUGACUACUUAUAUGGGAUUGUAUCGACAGCUACGGAAUGGCAUUUUAUCAUAUACACUCCGGAUGGUGUAUAUGCUACAAGCAAUAGUGAAUACCAAAUAAAUCUCUCAAAAACGGCUAUCAAAGAAAACCCCAACAUGCUUCAAAUCAAU